AUGCAGGAAUCUGAAUCAGACAUCGAAAAGAAAAGUUCGGAAACCGAGCCGUCCGUUGAAGUCGUAGCCGAGCAAUUGGAAGAAUAUAAACAUGGCGUGAAACGAAAACUAAAGUCGAGGCAUCUCAGUAUGAUGGCUUUGGCUGGUAUCAUCGGUCCUGGAUUGCUUGUUGGAUCGGGCGGUGCACUCGCAAAUGGAGGUCCUGCGUCUCUUUUAAUUGGAUUUUCUGGUGUUGGGAUCAUAGCAUUUAGUGUAAUGCAGUCAUUAGGAGAAAUCACCACCAUGUAUCCAACUGGAGGAGCUUUCACAGAACUUUCAGACCGAAUGGUCGAUAAAGCAUUUGGGGUCGUCGUCGGCUGGUACUAUUUUAUCAACUGGGUAGCCGUUUUGUCCAAUGAAUACAACACAUUAACAAGUAUAUUUUUAUUCUGGAGUGAUAAAGUGCCAGUUUGGGGCUAUUUUCUCCUCUUUUGGGUUUUUUUCCUUUCAUUUCAACUUUUAGGGGUAGAGGCAUUUGGCGAAGCAGAAUUUUGGCUUGCUCUAAUAAAACUGUUGGGACUUGUCGCCUACUUUAUGUUUUCCAUCAUUUAUGCGGCAGGAGGCCUGGUACAUCAGAAGGGCGCAUUGGGCUUUCGGUAUUGGCACAACCCUGGCCCAUUUGUGCACGGAUUUAGAGGAGUUGCAUCCGUUUUUACAUACUGCUCUUCCUUUUAUUCUGGAUGUGAAUCCGUUGGCGUAGCUGCCACAGAAACAAAGAACCCUCAAGUCGCAGUACCCCGUGCUAUCCGGCAAGUAUUUUGGCGAAUUCUUUUCGUUUAUGUUGGAUCUGCAUUUUUCUUUGGACUUACUUGUCCUUCCAAUUCACCAGAGUUGUCUGGUGGUUCUAGUGGUACUCUAAAAAGUCCCAUGACAAUAGCAAUCCAAAUUGCGGGCUGGGAAGGAGGUGGUCAUUUAAUCAACGCUUUUAUUUUUAUAACAAGCCUUUCUAGUGUAAACAGUUCUAUUUACAUUGGGUCACGUACAAUCCUCUUUAUGGCUCGUGAACGAAAAGCACCUCGCAUAUUGGGUAGAGUAAAUAAGCGAGGCGUACCUAUCUAUGCCGUUGUUUUUACCAAUCUAUUUGGCGCCCUAUCAUUGAUGAACGUCAGCACCGGAGCACAAAAAGCCUAUAACUAUAUUGUAAAUUUGAGCGGUGUUUCAACCUUCCUGGUUUGGGGAUCUAUCUCAUUUAUUCAUAUCCGGUUUCGACGUGCAUGGAAAGUACAAGGACACCAUACUGACGAGCUGUUAUACAAAUCGUUUUUGUUUCCAUGGAAUGCUUAUUUUGGUUUAGCAGCUACUGUUUUUUUGGCACUAAUUCAAGGUUGGACCUCACUAAGUCCAUUUAAUGCAGCUAGUUUCGUUGAUUCGUAUAUUUUGUUGCCACUUUUUCCUAUUAUUUAUUUUACGUACAAAUUCUUUGCGAAGACACGGUUUUGGAGACUUUCUGAAAUUGACCUCGGAACAAACCGCUCAGAUCCAAGCUCUCAGCUAGAUUCUUGGAUGGCAGACGAUGAAAAGAGCAUGAAAUAA